CCUCGCAGCAGCCGCGCUCCCGCCCAGGACGUCAAAUGGAGGAUGAGGAGAACACGACGAACAGAAUGGAGAAAGUGAAGCUCGAGGAUGCCGUCGAGCCCGGCGCGCUCCCCGACGCCGCAGCGAGAGCCUCCUCUACUGCCACCCCGAAGCUGCAGAGCAGCGAAGCCCCGUCCCCUGCCUCCCUGGAUGGCUCCAAGUCGCAGAGCGAGAGCGUCGGAACCCCCAACUCGACGGCUGCAGCCAAGCCGGCGCGGUUGUCGCGCAAGUCGUCCCAGAAGCCCGCCGCCCGCGAGGUGCCCUUGUACGGCCACCUGCCAGACGUCACGGCCGAGUCGUGCGCAACCUUCCAGGUCAUCCCUGACUGUCUCUAUGGCUCGAAGAAUCUGGGCUCGACGGACAGUGACGCCCUCGACUGCGACUGCAGAGAAGAAUGGCGAGAUGGCGAGAAUUUCGCCUGUGGUGAAGACUCGGACUGCAUCAACCGCGCGACCAAGAUGGAGUGCAGCGCCGAUUCUGCAAACUGCGGUGGCGGCUGUCAGAAUCGACGAUUUCAGCGCAAACAGUACGCAGACGUGACCGUCAUCAAGACGGAGAAGAAGGGCUUUGGCCUUCGCGCCAAUGCGCCUCUAGAGCCAAAUGACUUCAUCUACGAAUACAUCGGAGAGGUCAUCAAUGAGCCGACUUUCCGGCGACGCAUGCUGCAGUAUGACGAAGAGGGCAUCAAGCACUUUUACUUCAUGUCUCUCAACAAGAACGAGUUUGUAGACGCGACCAAAAAGGGCAACCUGGGCCGAUUCUGCAACCACUCAUGCAGCCCCAAUUGCUUCGUCGACAAGUGGGUGGUUGGCGACAAGCUGCGAAUGGGCAUUUUCGCUUUGCGCAAGAUUCAAGCGGGCGAGGAGCUUGUCUUCAACUACAACGUCGAUCGCUACGGCGCUGAGCCUCAGCCUUGCUAUUGCGGAGAGCCCAACUGUGUCGGCUUCAUUGGAGGAAAGACACAGACGGAGCGCGCCACCAAGCUGCCCACGGCUACCGUCGAGGCCCUGGGCAUCGACGGCGCCGAUGGCUGGGACACACAGGUUCCCAAGAAGCCCCGCAAGAAGCGCCCCGACGAGGAUGAUGAGGAGUAUGUCAACAGCAUACAGCCUCGCAGCUUGGACGAGGACGAUGCCCGCAAGGUCAUGGCCACCCUGAUGCAGUGCAAGGAGAAGUGGAUUGCGGUUAAGCUGCUGGAGCGAAUCCAACGCUGCGACGAGGAGCGCGUUAUCCAUUGCGUGAUGCGCAUGCACGCGUACCAGAUCCUCAAGACGACUCUCAACACAUUCAUCGAUGACCGCAACGUUGUCUUGCAAGUCCUGUCCAUCUUGGACAAGUUCCCCCGAUUGACGAGGAACAAGAUCCAAGACUCCAACAUCGAGGCGACGAUCCAGACCCUGACCGGAUCCGAGCACGAGGAUGUAGCCUCACAAUCCAAGAAGCUCCUCGACGAGUGGAGCAAACUCGAGGUCGCCUACCGGAUACGACGGCGAAAGGUCGACCCCAACGCGCCGACGCAGAACCAUUUCGAAGAGCGAAGGGGACAGGCCCGGGAAGAAGAGGCCGCAGCGACUCAGCAGACACCCAAGGCGUCUCCGCGACCCAUUGAUGCCCCCAAGGGACCGCGAAGCAAUGUCCCGCAGAGGAACAACUCAUACUUUGGCAACAAUGGCCAUCGCCAGCGCAGACCCUUCCACAACAACUCCCUGCCUGCAGGAUGGUUCACUGCCAAGGAUGCCGGCGGCAACACGUACUUUUACAACAAGCAGGGCAAAUCGACCUGGGAGCGGCCUACCCAGCCGGCCGCAGAACAGACGCCCAAGGCUCCGUCCAAGGCUAUACAAGAGCAGCUUCUCAUCCAAAGCAUCAUUGACAAGGUGACCAAGGAGGGUACUCCGAAGCAGCCGGCUUCUCAGACCCCAGCGCCCAUUGAGGCCUCUAGUCCCAAGGAGGCCAAGAAGGACAAGUGGCGGUCUUUGCCGGUUGAGAAGCAGAUGAAAAUCUACGAACACACGGUUUACCCUCCCGUCAAGCAUGUUCUGGACAAGUUUCGACACAAGCUGCCCAAAGAAGAGCUCAAGCGACUUGGCAAAGACGUCGCCAAGAAGCUCGUGGCAUCCGAUUACAAGAACAAUCGCGUCAGCGACCCUGCUGCCCCUCUUACCGAAAAGCAGGAGCGGAAUAUCAAGAAGUACGUCAAGGAUUUCUUGGACCGAGCAGUGGCCAAGUAUGAGGCGCACCAUAAACGAAAGGCACCCGAGACGACGGAUAAGAGCGAGAACGGCGGGGGGCCGGCCGCCAACGGGAAGCCAGCCUCCGACGGAGACAAGGCCGGCGAGAGCCCCAUCGUUUCGUCCCAGGAGGUAGAGGCUGUCGCGGAAGACAUCGUCCUUAGUGAUGUGGAAGAUGAGUCCCCCGACGGCUCUGACCGUAAAAGAAAGCGUGAUGUUGAGGCCAUGGAGGUCUCUGUAAGCUCGCCGCUUGACGGGCCCGACGUGAAGAGAGUGAAGGAGAACGGAGCAGACGGUGCCACUCCUCCCCCGCCGCCACCACCUCCACCAGAGAACCCUGGUGCGACUCGGACGGCGGAGGAGCAAGCGUUGCUUGAGCAAGAAGAGGCCCUCGUGCGAGAGAAUGAGGAAGCGCAGCGCCUCGACGAAGAAGAGCAGGCGAGGAACAAGGAGACUGUCUCGCGGUCGAGCCUGGAUGGUCCGGCUGAACAGCAGACGUCCAUGGAUGAACACGGCAACGCCCGACAAGAGCUGUUGGGCCACUGA